AUGUCGUCGCAAACGAAACUGGAGCAGCAGCAGCAGCAGCAGCAGCACUCCAAGCCUAUACUGAGUCCAACACGAUCCCUUGAUGAAGGUUUCGAAAGUGAUCCGGAUCGGGUUUCCACAGAUUCAGAACAUCAAACAAGUGGAACUACCAACAACAACAACAACAACAGUAACACUAACAAUGCCAGCAAGUUGGCUCAGCUUAGUUCGGCGGCCACGGGCGGGAAUCUGACGUCGGAGAAGCCAACAACAACGACAACACCACAAACAACAUCCUCAACGUCAAGAGUUGGAGGUGGCGGCGUGGUAGGAGCCUUAGCUUUGGCUCCCCCUCAACUCCAGAGACGAGAAUAUUUCAGCAAGGAUCAAACUCUAGUUCAGGUUCCACAACAAGUGGGCAUGGCCAAGGCACGUCAUCAGCCUCAUCAGUCUCAUCAGCCGGCGGCACCACAGCGUCUUCAAUAUCAAAAGCAACGUCAACCCUUAGUGCCCAGUGCCGCCUCAACGGUUCACAAUCAUCGCCUGACCACAGCAGCUGCAGCUGCAACCUCGGGAACUGGCAAUGGAAAUGGAGCUGGAGUGUUAACAGGACCACGUCGUGGUCGUCGUUUCCACAUGUCCACAUCCCAUCAUCAGCAUCAUCAUCAUCCAAAUAAUGGACCAGGACGUUCCGGCUUACGUUCGCAUUCGGUAGAUGCCAUAGCACGUCAUCGUCAUGGCUACGAUCCCAGCAGCUUGAUUCUGAAACACGAUGGCAAUGGCAAUGUAUCGGCCAGUAACACAAAUCCUGGCAACAGUCGUAUGCUCAACUAUAAGACAUCAGCGGGCGGCAGUGCUGCAGGAACAGCUGCCGCAGUGGCCGCUGCAGCCGCCGGUGGCGGUCAUCAGGCUUUGCUUGUCCAGCCCAUAUCCAGCGCCACUCUAUCGCCAUUGGUGGCUGUGGCCGGUGUCGUCGAUGUGGGAAUGGGCGACAAUGGUACACCAUCGCCGGUGAUUGCCUCAUCGACGCACAGUCUAUACACAUUUUAUCCAGCCGAAGGCAAUUUGCAGGUGUGGCAAACCGAUAGCGGCGACUUGACAUAUAAAUCAUCAAGGAAUAUGCAUCAAUUGCACAAGGCUCCUGUUUGCUGGACACAAUCCAUACCCAGGCAGGCCAGAAGGUAA